GGGAGUUAUCUAUACGUACUCGAUUAAAACAUUUUGUUUUGUUAAGUGAUUGAUACUUUCCCUUGUCCAAAUUUCAAAAAUAUUUUCAUGAUCGAAUAAAUAUUUAUGUCGGUAUUAUUUACCGAGCUUUAAGUUUAAUUCUAUGAUGGAUGCAGAAAUAAACAAAGAAGAUCUUACCAAAUUUAAUAUAUCUAUUUUUCAGUUACCAACUAGAGAACGUUUGUCAUGUAUGCUUAAUGCCAAAAAGGUACUUCCUUCCCCUGAAAAUUUUCCUAGAGAUUGGAGAGGAUUAUGCACAUUAUUAAAUUAUACUAUACCAUCAGGAUGUGAUCCUAUUGAUCCAGUUGGAAAAAUUUUUAAAUUUUGUGAACAUAAAGUUACCAUAGCAUAUUUUAUUCAAUGUUUGGAACGGUUGGAUAGAUAUGAUGUUGUUGAUGAAAUUGAAGAAAUGAUUAAAAAUGAUGUGACAGCUUGGAAAAAAAAACAAUUUUCUGUAGUAAACCCUGUUCCAGUUAUAACUCACCAAGAAAAUGAUUCUGAUAUUAUUACAUUGGAUGACAUUAAUAGAUCAACAAAUGGACUUCCCUUAACAAGGUAUGAUGCAUUUUUGUUAUAUGAUGAUGCUGAUAUUAAAUCAGCCAGUGAAAUUGUACAAAGAUUGGAAGAAAUUUAUAAUCUAAAAUUAUGCUUAAAAGAUCGUGAUUUAAGGCCUGGCAUUAUGUUUGAAUAUCAAGCAAUUAUAAGAUUGAUAUCUGAUCGAUGUAAUUGGUUGAUAACAAUUGUGUCAAAUAAUUUUCUUAAAAGUCCUUGGAACAGGUUUAUUAUUAACUAUACACAAGUUUUAGCUAUAGAACAACGUAUUCCAAAAAUUAUUCCAUGUGUAUUUGAUGAAUGUAUUUUACCUCAAGAACUCAAAUGUUAUGUCCAUUUAUUUUUUAAUAGGAGUAAUCAUUUUUGUGAUCCAUGGGCUAGAUUAAGAAUCACUAUUUCACCUAGCCUACUCAAUAAUAAUAUAAGUGAAAAUGUUUGUGACAAAAGUUUCAAGUUAAAUGAUUCUACUAAAAGUCAUACCAAAGAAAUAGAACAAUUGGAUCAAUUGAAAAUAUCUAAAGAUAAUGUAUACGUCUCUUCAAAAAAGAAAAAUAUUCUUGGUAGAUUUGUGCAUUCAGUUGGAAGCUUUUCUAGUAAAAUUACACAGUUAAAAUCAAACAAAAAUAAAAAUUUGAAAAACAAAAUACAAAUUUCUAGUACAUGAGUUAAUUUAUAUUUUUCAUAUAAAGAUAAAAUAAAUUUAAUUAUUUUAUAAUAGCUAAUAUUAAACUGUUUUAUGAGAACGUAAAAGUUAAAACUUGUAAAUAAUAUUA